CGAGGACGGUCGCCCAGCAGUCAGCAGCAAUAGGCAGCGAAUCCAAAGGACCAUCACCGCCGCCUGGGAGUAACUACUCCUCACCAGAAGCCAAGGACCAUCACCGCCGUCUGGGUAUAACUACUCCUCACCAGAAGCCUAAGCACCAUCACCGCCUUCUGGGAGUAACUACUCCUCACCAGAAGCCAAAGGAUCAUCACCGCCGUAUAAAUACCGUGCCAACUUCAACAAGCGUCAACGCCUGGCGCGCCAAUUUCGUUCGCUUCCAUCUGACUCGCCGUAUAAAUACACGCUGGUCUGGCUGUCCACAUAAGGGGGUAUGGAUACAUCUUUACGAAAGUAAACACUUUUCUUUGCUAAGGGUUCGUGGGUCCCAAGGCUGACCCUGGAGCAGCUGAGCAUACCUCAGCUAUGGACGAAACCCCAUUACAAAUGGCGCCCGAGCAGGGACUUGACUUUGUGAGUGACAGUGAAAAACAUGAAACGGUCACCAACGCUCAUGAAUCAGGUUCACACCCCCUACACAAUCAUAAGCAUCGCAGUACUUCAGCGAAUAAGGCUCAAACGCUUGAGACGGACACGACUAGUUGGAUUUAUUGGCUAAAAAAGGAACGAUUAGUCACCGAGUGCAGACGACACCACAUCGCUGUCGAAGGGCGCACCGUAGUAGAUCUCCGUAGCGAGCUGAGCGCCUGCAUCCGUGCAAAGCGCCACAGUAAAUCCACGGAGGUCCUAGUGAAAGCUUUGGAAAGGGAAACGAAAGAGGAAGGUAAUGCCUCCAUACCUGUUCCAACCACCACGGUAAGAAUCCCGAGCAAAGCAAUAGCAACACGUGACGACAUCACAUCGGCUGCAAAAUUGCCAGAUUUGGAGGUUAUAAACUCCAUGCGGCGAUGGAACAUACGCUACAGCGGUCGCGAAAAUUUACACGACUUUCUGGAGCGAUGCGAGGAACUCGCCGAAUGCUACUCUAUAGCAAAUAACCAGCUUCUAGCUACUAUGCCGGAAAUUUUGCAAGACAAAGCGCUGCAAUGGUUUCGUAUAAAACGCAAUGUCAUUAACACGUGGGUCGACUUUCGUUACUGGGCUGAACGGUUCUUUUUACCGAAACGACACCUCGCACAUCUGGAAGAAACCAUCCAUCAGCGCAAGCAAUUACCCAGAGAGAAAGCAAAGGAUUAUGUGUUGGCCAUCCAAACGCUUAUUCGCCAGCACCCGAAAUUUCGCGAGGAAGAUCACACCGAACGUAUAUAUGACGGUCUAAGGGUGGAAUAUCGCUUAUACGUCCGUCGAAGCGACUUCAACAGCGUAGACGAACUACUCGAGUUAACCGAAGAAUUCGAAUUGUUAAAAGGCGAGGAGACCAGGCAAGCAAGAAACACCAAUCACUUUUUGACGGCGGUAAGUACUAAGUAUUGCCGCGAGAAAGUUUGUUGGCGAUGUAAUCAGCCGGGACAUCGAAGGCACCAAUGUCGCAACCAGCAGCGAAUAUUUUGCUCUCGCUGUGGACGCGACGGAAUCAUGUCGCGAGACUGCAAUUGUCCUACACAUGCGACAGUGCGAGCUACUCCGUCCAAACCCAGUACAACAGCACUCAGAACAACGCUUCCGUGCCCAGAAGGGAAACAAGAUGGCCGUUAUUAUUUGCCCAUUACUGUCGCAGGCAUGCAGAUAGAAGCUCUGGUGGACACCGGAGCCACGCUCACAUAUAUCGGUAAAGAACUUCAACGCCAUCUAGAUAACCACCAAAUCAAAGCCAGACGCCAGACACGUCGCAUUCAGCUAGCUAACCAGACGUAUAUACCUAGCACGAAAAUGUAUCCUGUUGCAAUAGAGCUGGGUAACAAGUCUACGCGACUACUUGUAUCAGCUCUACCGACGCUUUCGGAACAUGUCAUCUUAGGCAUGGAUUUCUUAAGGAAGCGAGACCUGACUAUCGCCAUCGAUGGCCAACCCCUAACCGCUACACGCCUAAGCACACAGGCCCAACCGACCGUCGAUGGGGCGUCUGGCCAAACACCGACACCGAUUCACCCAGAGGCCCAAACGACCACGACGGCGACACAAAGUCCCAUGGCCGAGACCAGCGCACCAGCAGCCCCGCUUACCACGUCGCCCGCAGAAAUAACUCCAGCGAAAGAAAUUCCAGCGUUCCUGAAAGGGCUGACCAUGACGCGACAGCAUUUCAUCAAGCGCCCCAAGCGAAUGCUAUUCUUCCGAGGCCGACGUUUAGCCCUGCAGAAAUUGGAAGGCGACCGAGUAUUGGUGCGAUACGGCAGGGAAAGAUGCGUGCUACACCUGUACGACUAAACCCAUAAGGCCGGCGCUCAACAUUAAUUUUACUAGUUUUAAGUAUUCAUUUGUGCAUUUGUACGACAAGG